UGGUGACCGACAAUAGGUUAAUACGGCAUUUGUUUCCUUAAGAUCCUGGAGCCCAUAUGCACCAUUGGUAUGGAAUCAGGGUUUUCUAACUCCCAGGUGGAUUGUCCGUAUCCACCAACCCGGUGGGAGCAGGACAUUCGCUUUUCGUUCUCUCAACUUCGAAAACAACAAUUAUCUCAUAGCAUGUGAGAGUAUUUCGAGAGGGAGCGUUGACUUUCCCCACUUUCAGCCGUACCGGGAUAUUCGGGGGUGUUUUUACAUUGUCAUCAUAAAUAAUGAGUUUGUGGGCUAUUCAAAUUAUGAAACGACUAAAAUUGUAAUUUGAUGCUUGAUCGACUCUGAUGUACUGUAGUUCGACGAACGUCUCUAGUUUCCCAUCACUUGCAUCCAAAGAAAGAAAACGAACAUUAUCACUCAUUCUAUCCAGUGACUGGAAACAACUGGAUAGUUUAAUAGUAAUAUGUUCAGUAAUGAUAUUUUGGUAUGAUAAUGUAUUCAUCAUUUAGUUAUUUUUAUAAAUUACCAUAUAAUAAUUUUACGUUAGUUAAACUCUAUGGGACGCCCCAACAACCAUGUUCAAUAAACCCAACUCAAACUUGUUGGGAAAAACAUUUGUAUGGUUAUAAUAAGUGUGUAUUGAUGUAUGUAACAGUGAGUUAAUUCAUAAUCAGUCAAUCCACUUGAUAAGCAAUAUAUUAUUUUGCAACUGGUCUCCUUUAUUUAAACAAGUCUGUGCCAAGUAAAAGUCCUUAAUUAAGUGGUGAUGCAACUAAUAAGUUCAGGUUUGUGAACUUUUUACUAUAGUCACAUUGUUUGUAUGAGAAUGGGAUAGUACACUUUUGUGUAUGUCAAAGGCUCGAACUCUAAAGGGCAUAAUACUUAAUUUACUUACCCACCACCUUAUAAAAAGACAAACCCGAUCUACCAUAUCCUUAUCAAUUUUAUCGCUUUCUUGACUAAAAGAUCAAUUGUUAAUAAAAGAAAUAUGAUUAAUAAACCAGAUACUUUGUGGGAUUCUAUUUCAGUCUAAAUUUAUGUAUUUUUAUAGAUUAUUUGGUAACAGUAAAAUUCCACAUGAACUGCAACUAUGUCAUCAAUACUAAGCAUCUUUAUUUCAGUUUCUUAACUGUUAUACUUAUGAUUAUGACUAUGAACCGUAAUCUUUAUUCACUGUUUGUGAAUUUUUACAGUAUAUUAAAAGAUUAUUAGUUGUUUGGCCUUUAUUGUUGCGCGAUGUCCAUCACUCAACGACUUAUACACCCAGAUUUCAACUGUUUAAUUCUGAUUUGGAGCUCAGUUAUACUGACACCAUCGUUGUUGCUACCUUGACGUGGUGAUUGGGCUUGCCUAUCGUUAUGAUUUAUUUAUUAUUUAUUUAUUUAAACACAUAAAUAUUGGUACAGGAGGGCACGAAAUAUAUAUACGCCACACAAAACAAUGAGAAUUUGCAGAAAAGGAAAAAAAGACUUUCUAAUCGUUGUUUUUGUGCUCAUUCAGUAAUGUUUUUGAUUUAAAUACAAUGCAUAUCACUCCAUAAACCUUCCGGACCCUGAUAUGUAAUUUUACGUUUAACGACAUACAGUAUGAGGUUUAUACAGCUAAUAAUUGGCUGUGAACAAUGUGUUUACUGUUUUUCCUGACUUUAUUUAUUCAGUAUACUCUGAGGAUAGGUAGUGUGUUCCGUGAUAUUUCAAAAUGUUUUUAGAAUCUGAUGUAUUUUCACAGCUUGAACAAUAUGAGUUAUUUGAGAGACCAUCCUUUCGUAUCGCUCGAGAUAUUAGUGGACGGCAGACCAGGCAAACUGUAUUUUAUGCAUGGGGAAGAUCAUGGUAUUUGGUUCUUCAUCGUGAAACAUCGUUUCAUAAUUCUAACUUGUCAGUCAGAUUUAUCAGUACAAAUGAAUUACAUACUGGCUAUGUAUCAGGUUCAAACCAAUCAUUUGUGUUAGCUCAUUUGGAACCAUACACUUCACUACUUAGCGCUCAUAUUCAUAUGGAAUCAGAUAUUUUUGUUAUUGAGCCAUUGUCUGAUUACACAAGCUAUAUUGAAAAUAAUUCUAUGUUAAUGUAUCGCCUAAGAGAUAUUCAAUUUAAAAAGAUACUAAAUAAAUCGAUGAAUUAUAAAUCAGCCACUUUAUUGGCCCUAGAAACUGAUACAUUUGAUGUCUAUAUUAGACGAAAACGUUUCAACCCCAUACAAUUACAGCGCAAACUUUGUCGCCUUACACUCGUCGCUGAUUACGAUUUUUUCACUAAUUUGGGAAAUAGAAAUGGACCUAAAACUAUCAGUCAUGUUAUUAAAGUAUUUGACCGGUUAAAUUAUCUGUUUCUUACUUCAAAAUUUUUGGAUGAUAAGCAUGAUGAAAUGAUUGGCUAUGGCUUUUUAUUACAUGAGAUCGUAGUCCAUGAAUCAUGGACAGCUGAUCACGGUCACUAUAAUUCACCAACUGAUUUAGGUGGGAAAAUCUGGACAGCUACAUCCCUGUUGCGUGCAUUUAGUCGAUUCGAUUCGAAACAGUCUUGUUUGGCUCAUUUACUUAGCUACAAAAGAAUAGAUGAAGGCAUUUUAGGGAUGUCUUGGUUGGCCUCCCCGGAUCCAAAGAAGUUAGGCGGUAUUUGUUCCCCACCUCUUCAUCGAAAUAAUAAAAAGGAUCUCUAUUUAAAUACAGGAUGGACUACUUAUGUGGAUUAUAAUGGUCAACAACUAGUGAACGCUUUGGCUGAAUUAAUCACGGCUCAUGAAUUAGGACAUAGUUGGGGCGCAGAUCAUGAUCCUGACACAGAUGAAUGCAAUCCUGCAGCUAUAAGUUCUGGAAAAUAUUUAAUGUAUACCUAUUCAGUUUCAGGUUACGCUGAAAAUAAUGGAAAAUUUUCACCAUGUAGUUUACGGACAAUUGGCGCUUGUUUGGUUACUCGUGCUCCAUUAUGUUUCGAAGAUUCAUCUGCGGCUCUUUCAAAUCUUUGUGGUAACAGUCGUAUUGAUGAGGGUGAAGAAUGUGAUGCUGGUCGAAAUCCACAUGAUCCUUGUUGUAGUUCUGAGUGUUAUUUUAGAACAGGUGCUCACUGUUCACCUUGGAAUCAUGGUUGUUGUACUUCUGAUUGUCAGUUAGCACCAAAGAAUACCGUUUGCGCACAAACUAGCAGUACUAAUCCUUGUUUAGGACCUGGUCAGUGUAAUGGUUUAUCAUCUAUUUGUCCAGGUCCAACACUUUUAUCCGGUGGUCAAUGUGAUGAAUAUGGGCGAUGUUUUCAGGGUAAAUGUCAUCCGUUUUGUUCUAGUCUGGGACUGGAAACUUGUAUCUGUGAUUCAGUUGAAGAAUCCUGCUUUAUUUGCUGUUUAUUUCCAACAUCAAAUUCAACCACAAAUCAAAGCACCAUAUGCCUUCCUGUUACAUUGUCCCAAAAUGAAUAUCUAUUACAUUCUAAACAGAAUACUGUAAAACAUUCAGAAUCUUAUCAAUCCUAUUCAAUGAUUUAUCAUUCAAGACGAUCAACUCUGUAUUCUAUGCAUAAGUUUUUACUAUCCUCGUCUAACAUAUUACGGUUGUAUGAUAAACACUCACCAAAUGAUACAUAUCAUUUUGUUGUUGAUAAUAAAACUCAAAAACUAGCUACAACUGAUUUUAACAAUAUUAAUUCAUACUAUCAUAAACAACCUUUAGUACAUAUUCAUUUGCAAGAUUAUCGGCCAUGUCUUAAUGGUUAUUGUAUGGCGGGAAAAUGUAUAGAAUCGAAAAGUAAGCGGAUAUUACGAUUUUGGACACCAGUUCAUUAUUCUAAACACAAGAAUCUCGGCACCAUUGCUUGGGACAAUCUAGUAUUUUUCGCAGUCUUCUUAUCACUUAUCGUAUGGAUACCAUUGAGUGCAUGUGUUGCUUACUUAAAUAGGUAUCAUGAACGAAAUUGUUAAUUAUUAAUUAAAAAGUUAUGAAUCGACGAGCCACAUAUUCUGUCAAUCAUAUGAGAAACAAUAUUUACCUUCAAGCAGCAUUUUUAGUGAUUCAUAUAUUUUCCACAUAUAAAUAUUUUAAAAGUAUACAACAUUAUUAUAAUCUAUUGAACUUUUUCUCGAUCAGUUUCUAUCUUGUUUAUGAUAUAAUUUGUUAUUUUGUCCCCAUUCAAUCCAACCUUUUAUCAUACUUUGUAUACAUAAUCUUCCCAAUUGUGUUUUCUUGUUUUCAAAUGUAUAAAAACUGUAGUAUGUAUAUGUAAAAUCUGUUUUUCUUUAUUCUUCUUGUGUGUGUAAUUUUUACUGAAGUUUCUGUUUUUUAAAACUUAAUUUCUUAGGAGUCAGAUUUUUAAGUUCAGUCGCGUGAAAAGUGAGAUAAAUACCGUUGAGUUGUUUGUUUUUCGUUUUCUCUCUUUAAUAUUUCAUCCACUUUAUGCAUUAUGUAUCAAUUUGUUCAUUUGUUCAAUGUCAAAUUUUAUUUUUUAUAUCAAAACUUUGAACAUUUUUCCUCUAAUUUACGUUUAAUUCUAACUUGUUUUGUAUUAUGAUUUGUAUGAGUUUGAGUUUGAGGUAAGAAUACAACGAGAGAUACUUUUAAUAUGAAAGCGGAUGUAAUACGACUAAAUAGGUAUGUCAGAUCGUGAAUACAUUCAAUGAAAGUUUUUAACGAUAACAACUUACAUUCGAGUAAGAAUAGAUGUGAUACAUUUCAGGAAAGUUUUCAUUCCUCAAUAAAUGUCAUUAAGAUAAAUAAACAUACCAGAGUAUA